AUGUCCGAAUCUAUUUUUGAGGAUUUAUCUGCUCAAGUCAGGAUUCCUGGUGACGAGGAAAAGGUAUUCAAGGAUGAAUGUCCGUUUUCGUUUGAGACACCUGAGACAGAAAAAGGAAUAUACAUAUGCAUGCGACACUUCGUUGCGAUCGGCUCUAAAACACUUAGACUUUAUUAUGAGAAAACUGGCUGUCGUGCUUUUCUAAGAUACAAAAUCGAAAAGCAAUUCAAAGAUAAGGGUACUAGUGCUCAAGAACGCCCGACAAAACUCGCCAUUGGAGUUUCUGGAGGUUUUGACUUUCCCCAAGAUAUGUAUACAGUCACUGAACAUUGGUCGCUAGUACGUCUUCCGCAAGGCGACUCAUUUGAUAUCCCGAAUCCAGAACCCGGACGAGGACAAUCUGAUAUAUCUCACUUAGAGAUUUUGGAACUCCCUCAACGCCUGGCUACUUCGAUCGCAUUAAUUCAACGUGCUGAGUCAGUAUUACUAGCAGAAGAACGAGCUAACUCACUUAAAGCUUGGGAAGAUGAUAAUAUUUGUUUUAUUUCCUCGUAUGCCAUGAAUUUAGCACAAAUAAAUAAUUCUGUUCGGAUUCCUCCGUCUGGAUGGAAAUGUGCCAAAUGUGAUUUGAGAGAUAAUCUGUGGAUGAAUCUUACUGAUGGAACCAUACUUUGUGGUCGAAAAUUUUGGGAUGGGUCUGGAGGGAAUAAUCACGCUCUGGAGCACUAUGAGAAGACCAAGUAUCCACUAGCUGUCAAACUUGGAACCAUAACUCCGAAGGGUGGAGAAGUGUUUUCAUAUCCUGAAGAUUCAAUGGUAACCGACCCGAAAUUAGCAGAACAUCUUGCCCACUUCGGUAUUGAUGUAAUGCUUAUGCAAAAAACCGAUAAAACAAUGGCUGAGUUAGAAGUGGAUGCAAAUGAAAGACUUGGAGAAUGGCUAACAUUGCAGGAAUCCAACCAUACACUUGAAGCACGUUAUGGUCCAGGUAUGACUGGACUUAGAAAUCUCGGUAAUACUUGUUACAUGAAUGCUGUGUUACAGGUUCUGUUUUCAAUUUCACAAUUUCGUUCGUACUAUGCCUAUCAAUUACCAGUUUGGUGUGAGGAAGCAUUGGAUCAAUUCACUUCUGAAAAUCAUCCACCUCUACCAGUAGAUGAUAUUGGUCUACAAUUUUCGAAAUUAGGACAUGGUCUCUGUUCAGGCGCUUAUUCAUGGCUAGUUCCAAAUAAUUUUAGUCAUACUACUACAGGUGGCCCUGUGCCUAUUCUCCCGGGUAUACGUCCAAUCUUGUUUCGUCGAUUAAUGGGUGCGCAUAAUUCCACAUUUGCCACAAGACAGCAACAAGAUGCUUGCGAAUUUUUAAUAUAUCUAUUAGAUUUAUUAGAACAAAAAGCCAAUAAACAGGAACACGGAAAAGUACAUCCAAGUAAUGUGAUGCGUUUUGGUGUGGAAGAACGCCUACAAUGUGGUUUGACAAAUAAGGUCUCGUACAAAACUGAUCAUGAAUGGAUUCUUUCAGUUCCAGUUCCAAUGGAAGCGGUAACGAAUCAAAAAGCAUUAGACAAUUAUGAGAAACGACGUGCUGACGCUGAGUUAAAUGGUAUACAUUUAUCACCUGAAGAGGUUGUACGACCAAUUAUUCCUAUGGAAGCUUGCCUGUCGGCUUGGGCUCAAACAGAACGAAUUACUGAUUUUAAAACACCAGCAAGUCAACCUCCAGGUGCCAAAACAUUCGCUUUACGUUCUAAUCGUUUAACAAAUUUUCCAAAUUAUUUAUGUAUACAAGUUGGACGAUUUACUGUUGGUACAGAUUGGCUUCCGAAAAAAUUGGAUGUGGACAUCGAGUUAAAAUCAUCUGUUGGAAAUCAUGGUAAUACAGAAUGGUUUAUUGAUUUAAAUAAUUUACGUGCACCAAAUGGUAGUAGACCGUUGCCUGGUGAACAAUUGAUGCCAACUGGAGAUGAAAUAAAAUCUGAACAAAUGAAAAUUGAUGAUGAUGUACAGUCAGAUGUAACAAUUAUCAAUGAUCUGUUAGUUAUGGGUUUCACUUUAGAAGCAGCACAGAAAGCUUGUAAAUUUACACAAAAUAGUAGUGUAGAAAAUGCUACCAACUGGUUAAUGGAACAUUUAGAUGAUCCAGAUUUAAAUGACCCGUUGCCGCCGCCUAGUGAUUAUCAACAACAAAAUAAACAGAAACAAUCAGUGGUUGGACCGGUCACUUCUACAGAUAUUGACGAAAACGCAGUUGAAAUGAUGUUGGCUAUGGGAUUCAGUAGACAACAGUCAAUCGUCGCAUUGCAACAUAAAAAUGGUAAUUUGGAACAAGCUGCUGACUGGGCAUUGAGUAGUCCAGAUGAAUUAGAAACUUUAUUACUUCAGUCUGAAAUAAAUAUGACUAAUAAAUCUUCCACUGAUGCUGGGAAUAAUUUAAGUCAGACAUCAUCAUCUUCAUCAGGUCCAUCGCUAUCAGAUGGUAGUUCAAAGUAUGAAUUAUUCGCUUUUAUUAGUCAUAUGGGAAAGUCGACCAAUGAUGGUCAUUAUGUAGCUCAUAUUAAACGAUCAUUUCUAGCUAAAUGUAUUCCUCAUGAACCGCCAGUAUAUCAUGUCGGCUCACCAAUUUGUGGUGGUUCCGAUCAAGAAUGGAUUAUAUUCAAUGAUGAGAAAGUAGCAAAAAGUGAAUGCCCUCCACAUCGUCAUGCUUAUUUAUAUUUCUUUCGAAGAUUAGAUGCUACUGAUCAGUCUGACUAA